AUGGUUUUAUCCAAAUUUGAUGGUCUUCCAGCUGAAUUAAUUGUGGAAAUAAGUGAUUAUCUAGAUGGAUGUGAUCUAUACUAUGCAUUUUAUGGGCUAAGUCAACGUAUUAACUCAAUACUCGAUCGACAAUGUCAUCGACUUCGUGUACGCUUUGUACGUGUGUCGAAAACAAAAUUCGAUUUAUAUUGUAAUCGUAUUCUACCACGCAUCAGUACUCGUACUGUCUCACUUACAUUAUCUGGUGAUAAUUCAUCGACACCCGGGCAAGUUGCGCUAUUCUUGUCUCGUUUUAAUUCUUUAGCACAUUUUUUUGUCAAACUUGAAUCAUUCAAAUUAAUUGAUUAUACUAAAUCGGACGUAGAAAUUCUUCUGCCUCAUUUUCCGAUGUUGACUAAACUUAAACGUUUGUCAAUGGGAGAACACGAACGGUUGAUGCCAUUUUCUGUCGAUUCAAAUGAAUUAUUUAAUGAAAGUGCGAUAUUGCCGAUCUCAUUACGCAGUUUAGCAUUUCCAUAUGAAGUUACAAAUCAAUGGAUUCAAACUUUGAGUACGACAACAUCAUUUAUGAUAGAACAAAUGCAUUGUCAUCUUAUUCAUAUGAAUGUAUUUCCUUUGUUUUUACAAAGAUUUCCUAAUUUGAAACGUUUAACCGCUGUUAUAACAGGCAUUACUCAAGAUAAUUUGCCCAUGGCAAAUAUUGAUUGUAUGUUACAUGGGUUAAGAUAUUUGAAUAUAAAUAUUGCACAACAAGUUGCGUUCGAUGAUUUCGCUACAGUUCUGCGAAGUUUGACACAUCUUCAUUCGUUAUCAAUUGAAGCACUUACGCCUCGAGUAGAGUUUUUAGAAGCUCGUCGAUGGGAAGCAGCUUUGCCGUCGAAUCUUUCUUUAUUUCGCUUUGAUUUGACAAUGACAUUACCAGUGAAUCCUGAUCAUGCUGAACUAUUAGAACCAUUCAAAAGUCAAUUUUGGGUAUCUCGAGGUUGGCUUGUUCAAUGUCGUCUUCGAGAUGGUGGUGGCUUUUUUCGUUUGUCUACUGUUCAAUUGCCUAUAAUUAGUAUUCUCUAUUGGCCCGACGAUGAAGAAUUACUUGAAUCAACAGUAACAGCUGUAUAUUCGAAUGUUACUCAUGUAGAACUUUGGUGGAAUUUAUCAAGAACAGCUCACGCAAUUUGUCCUAAUGUACGGUCAAUUCAAUUCUAUGGUUCUGGUAAUGAUAUAGAAGAGCCAAUCCAAGAGAAUAUUCUCGAGAUGCUACAGAAUCCAUCAUUUGAACAUAUUAUUAUUAAUGAUAAUAUACCAAUUAAUCAUACGAGAUUUGCGUCGAUUCUGAGUAAAGCUUCAGAUAAUAUGUCGAUAUUGACUUGUUCAGGUGUUUGGUUAACGACCAUGUUAGAAUUUCAACAAUACGAAUGGAUUUGUUUAAUAGCAGCAAUGCGUUUACGAAAGUUGAUUGUAACCGAUGGCUACUUUAUUUUUUCUAAUACGAGUUUAGUUGCUUUCUGUCGGACAUUUAUUAAUCUACGAGAGAUAACAAUGAAAAUGGAAUCAAAAGAAGAUUUAUUUUUUCUAUUAAACACUCUUGAAAACUUAACCAUGGCUAAUAUUACAUUGCCAUCUACAGUUUUCGAUGAUAUGACCGAUUAUAAAAAAAUGAUUGAAGAGAAUACGAUACUCGACAAUUUUGUCGUUCGUCAGCAAACUACUUCAACAGAUAUUUGCAGAUUACUUUUAUGGAUUGGUUCACGUCGUAAUUUAAAUCCACUACGAAGAAGCAGAGAUCUUUAUUUAAAAUAUUGGAAUAUCAAUUGGCAUACAUAG